UUCCCGGCGGCCCUCGCGGCAGGUUCCGGGCGUCGUGACGGUGCGUGAUGGCGGGCCCGGGUUCCGCCGCCGUGUCAGGGGCAGGCACGCCGGUGGCGGGGCCGGCGGGCCGCGAUCUCUUCGCCGAGGGGCUCUUGGAGUUCCUGCGGCCCGCUGUGCAGCAGCUCGACUCGCACGUCCACGCCGUCAGAGAAAGCCAGGUGGAGCUGCGCGAGCAGAUCGACAGCCUCGCGGCGGAACUCUGCCGGAUCAAUGAGGACCAGAAGGUGGCCCUGGACCUCGACCCCUACGUGAAGAAGCUUCUUAACGCCCGGCGCAGGGUCGUCUUGGUCAACAAUAUUCUGCAGAACGCCCAGGAAAGGCUGAGGCGGCUAAACCACAGUGUAGCCAAGGAAACUGCCCGCAGGAGGGCCAUGCUGGAUUCUGGAGUUUACCCUCCUGGUUCCCCAAGCAAGUAAAAGGCCAGAAGAUUGGCUGCUAGCUGCCUGUUUCAACAGACUUCAGGACUCCCUGUGUUAGGACAACAAAAAGGCAGCACAGUGGUUUGUGAAGCACUUAAGUCCGACCCAUUUAUGAAAGCCCAAAGAAAACUGCAGCCGGACUCAGGAUCCUGAAGGACUAGUUACAGCUCUUGCUUUCUUCUAAGAAUGAGCGAGUAGAGACCUCGGUAAUUUUUUUUUAACUGUAGAGGUCCACCUUUUUUCUCCCAUCCCUUGUUAGCCAGACUUCUUAACAUGCUUGGUGGUUAGGCCUUGGUGGCAUGUCCUCUCCCUGUGACUUCUGGUUCUCUUUUGUUCACAUGAGGAUUUGGAAGAGAGGACAGUCAAGUGGAUGACACCCUUGUUCGCCCUCUUGCUUAUUGCACUGGCUUGACUACAGUAGCAGUAUUGCUAGACUAAUUUAAUUCAAUAAAUGAUUAAACCAUA